CGUCAAUGGGAGGGGAGAUUUCUGCCUUGUGAGGUUUUUUUAAAUAGAUGUUAACAUUUAAAAAGGAACACCGCGGGAUAGCGUCGCAUUCAAUCACUUAUUUCUUAAGUAAAAAGGACUGGGAAUUGUUGCUGUGUGAGAUUUGAAAUAUGGAAGAAGGGUCUGGUGAAGGUGACAUGUUUACAGUUGAACACGAGCUGAAGAACGCUAAUUUAACAGGACAUGCAGAAAAAGUUGGGAUCGAAAACUUUGAACUACUGAAGGUCCUUGGAACAGGAGCUUAUGGAAAAGUAUUUCUUGUGAGGAAGAUCAGCGGCCAUGACACGGGAAAACUUUUUGCCAUGAAGGUGCUGAAGAAGGCAACAAUAGUUCAAAAAGCAAAGACUGCAGAGCACACCAGGACUGAGCGUCAAGUAUUGGAACACAUUCGACAGUCACCUUUCCUUGUCACAUUACAUUAUGCUUUCCAGACAGAUACAAAACUCCAUCUUAUUUUAGACUAUGUGAAUGGAGGGGAAUUGUUUACUCACUUGUCGCAGAGGGAACGCUUCACAGAGCAUGCAGUGAGAAUAUACAGUGGGGAGAUAGUGCUGGCACUGGAGCAUCUACACAAGCUUGGAAUUAUAUAUCGAGACAUUAAACUGGAGAAUAUACUUCUCGACAGUAAUGGCCACGUGGUUCUAACAGAUUUUGGACUCAGUAAGGAGUUUCUAAUAGAUGAAAAUGAACGAGCAUAUUCCUUUUGUGGAACCAUAGAGUACAUGGCUCCAGAAAUUGUUCAAGGUGGAGAUGCAGGACAUGAUAAGGCUGUAGAUUGGUGGAGCCUGGGAGUCCUGAUGUAUGAACUGAAAACUGGAGCAUCACCUUUUACUGUUGAUGGAGAAAGGAAUUCACAAACUGAAAUUUCGAAGAGAAUUCUGAAAAGUGAUCCUCCAUAUCCUCCAGAAAUUGGUCCUUUGGCUAAAGAUGUAAUGAAGCAGCUCCUGAUUAAAGAUCCUAAGAAAAGGUUGGGUUCUGGUCCAGGAGGUGCUGAUGAAAUUAAAUCUCACCCCUUCUUCCAGAAAAUAAACUGGGAUGAGUUAUCUGCCAAAAACAUCGAAGCUCCAUUUAAACCAGUUAUCAGGGACGAGUUGGAUGUUAGCAACUUUGCUGAAGAGUUCACGGAAAUGGAUCCUACGUACUCACCCGCAGCGUUGCCUCAGAAUUCUGAUAGAAUCUUUCAGGGCUACUCUUUCAUUGCUCCCUCCAUUCUCUUCAAACGUAAUGCCGUGAUGACUGAUCCCAUUCAGCUUCAUUUGGGAGUGGAUCGUCCUGGCAGUACUGCUAUCGCACGCAGUGCUAUGAUGAAGGAUUCCCCAUUUUACCAACACUAUGAUCUGGAUCUAAAAGACAGUCCACUUGGAGAAGGAAGUUUCUCUAUCUGUAGGAGGUGUCGAAAUAAGAAAACUGGGCAGGAGUUUGCCGUGAAAAUUGUCAGCAAAAGAAUGGAAGCAAACACUCAAAGGGAGAUUGCAGCUCUAAAGCUGUGUGAAGGACACCCUAACAUUGUAAAACUGCAUGAUGUUCAUCAUGACCAGUUACACACGUUCUUAGUGAUGGAACUGUUGAAAGGUGGAGAGCUGCUGGAGCGGAUCCGAAAAAAGAAACACUUCAGCGAAACAGAAGCCAGUCACAUAAUGCGUAAACUGGUCUCGGCUGUCAGCCAUAUGCACGAUGUGGGAGUUGUCCACAGAGACUUGAAGCCUGAGAACUUGUUAUAUGCUGAUGAUAGUGACAGCACAGAAAUUAAAGUCAUAGAUUUUGGGUUUGCACGAUUGAAACCUCCUGAUAAUCAGCCUUUGAAGACCCCGUGCUUUACGCUACAUUAUGCAGCUCCUGAACUACUGAAGGACGACGGUUAUGACGAGUCCUGCGAUCUGUGGAGCUUGGGUGUUAUCCUGUAUACCAUGCUAUCGGGGAAAGUUCCAUUCCAGUGUGAGGGAAAGACAUUGACGUCCACCAGUGCUGAAGAAAUCAUGACGAAAAUAAAACAAGGGGACUUCUCUUUCGAAGGGGAAGCCUGGAGAAACGUCUCACAAGAGGCCAAGGAAUUGAUACAAGGCCUCCUAACCGUUGACCCAAAUAAACGGAUUAAAAUGUCGAGUCUCCGUUUCAAUGAAUGGCUUCAGGACAGCAGUCAGUUAUCAUCCAACCCGCUUAUGACCCCGGACAUUCUUGGUUCUUCAGGUGUUUCUGUCCAUACGUAUGUCAAGGCAACUUUUCACGCCUUCAACAAAUGCAAGAGGGAAGGUUUUUGCCUUCAGAAUGUGGACAAGGCACCUCUAGCAAAAAGGCGCAAGAUGAAGAAAACCAGCACCAGCACCGAAACACGGAGCAGCUCGAGCGAAAGUUCCCACUCCUCCUCCUCUCAGUCCCAUGGCAAAGCCACACCAACCAAGAAGCUACAGCCCAACAACCCAGUGGACAGCAAUAACCCGGACAGUAUCUUUCAGUUCUCCGAUUAAGCUGCUGCAGUCACUCUUUCACAAUUUAAAAAAAUUGCAUUUGUAUGUUUUUAAUCAUGAAUUUGACUUGAUCCUUUGAGGACUACAAGUUUCAUUAUGCUUUUUUUAAGUGUGCCCUCUCCAAAAUGCCUAAAAUAUAUUGUGCUUUUAACUUAUUCCAAAGCACACAUAUAUAUUAAAAAAGUUAUACGUAGUUCUGUACUUCCCUACAUUAUCAAUUGAUUGGUUUUCUCUGGGGAAUCCAAAAUUAGUGGUCAUACAUAUGACAGUUACUAUAAAUCCAAACAAGAUUUCAAGAGGAAACUUACUACCACAUGGAGUAAUCAAUGUGAGUAGAAUAGAUGCCUUUAAAGAAAGGUUAGAUAAGUACAUGAGGGAGAAAGGAACAUGAGGAUAUGCUAAUGAAAUUAGCUGGAGAGCAGGAAGCUCCUGUGGACCAUAAAUACUGACAUAAACCAGUUGGGCUGAGUGGCCUAUUUCUGUACUAUAAAUUCCAUGUAAUAUCCCUGUAUUGGAAAAAGGUCUGAUUUUUAAACAGUUUAAAAAUGUGUACAUUCUGGGGAAAAUAAAAUCCCACUA